UAGGGCUCUUUGUUCUAUCCAGAAAUAUUUCUGGGAAGAAAGGGCGCGAUGAGGAUGAUGCGCUUGGAUGGAAAUCCCGUCGCGAUCCAGCUCAAUCUCAAUGGCGGCGGCGCGUCAGUGCGAAUGGUUGCGAGAUCGCCGCGAAGGAUCGGCUACGCUGCCGCCGUGCGCAUCAGGCGAGGAGCAUUCGCUGUGCGAUGCGAGAAGGGGAAUGGCGCGGUGAAUUCGUCGUCCGGCAGUGGAUCUGCCGAGGUAGGCGGCGUGAGGAUGGAUUUCGAUCCUGUAGAGGAGGAAUUCGAGAGCAGCGAGAUCGAGGGGGAUCCCGAUCGUCCGUCCGAGGGAUUUAGCUCCGUCGCCGAGGCGCUGGAGGCUUUCAAGCAAGGCAAGAUGGUCAUUGUUGUGGACGACGAGGAUCGAGAGAACGAGGGUGACUUGAUAAUGGCGGCUUCCAUGGUGACUCCCGAGAAGGUCGAGUUCCUGCGAAGCCAUUGCACUGGGAUCAUUUGCGUCCCCAUGAAGGGUGAAAUUCUGGACCGAUUGGACGUAAAGUUGAUGGUUUCGGACAAAGAGAACGAGGAAGCACUAUCUACAGCGUUUACGAUUCCUGUGGAUGGCCAAGGGACAACCACGGGUGUGUCAUCCGAGGACCGUGCGAGAACCAUUUCAAUGCUUGCGUCGCCAAAUGCCACUGCGAGCGAUUUUAAGAAACCGGGGCACGUUUAUCCUCUACGUUAUAGAGAAGGUGGAGUUUUGAAGCGAGCAGGACACACGGAAGCCGCGGUUGAUCUCGCUGUGCUUUCUGGAAUGCCACCCGUCGGAGUGAUCUGUGAGCUGGUGAACGAGAAGGAUGGAAGCAUGCAACGUUUGCCACAGCUACAAGUGUUUGCGGAAAAGCAUAACUUACACAUCAUCUCCAUUGCCGACAUGGUCAGGUACCGGAGAAAACGCGAGAAGCUGGUCGAGCGAACAGCCAUUUCGAGGCUUCCAACAAGGUGGGGGCUUUUCAAAGCGUACAGCUACAAAUCCAAGCUCGAUGGCAUCGAACACAUUGCCAUUGUGAAGGGUGACAUUGGCAACGGCCGGGAUGUCCUCGUCCGUGUCCACUCGGAGUGCCUCACCGGGGACGUUUUCGGUUCCAAGCGAUGCGACUGUGGCAACCAGCUCGAGAUCGCGAUGAUGCAAAUCGAGAAAGCCGGGAGGGGAGUGCUGGUUUACUUGCGUGGUCACGAAGGACGAGGAAUCGGCCUGGGACACAAGCUACGGGCAUAUAACUUACAGGACGAGGGCCGUGACACUGUGGAAGCAAACGUAGAGCUCGGCCUUCCAGUCGAUUCGCGGGAGUAUGGAAUUGGAGCACAGAUUCUAAGGGACGUGGGUGUUAGAACGAUGAAGCUCAUGACCAACAAUCCAGCAAAGUAUAUGGGAUUGAAAGGCUAUGGUUUAGCGAUCACUGGCCGCGUUUCGGUGAUCUCCACUAUCACUGACGAGAACAAGCGCUACUUGGAAACCAAGCGCGAGAAAAUGGGCCAUGUCUAUGGGUCGGAGUUACCGGGGACUUUUACUGGGCUCAUUGCUGACAAGGUAAAUGGGAAAAAAAAGAGCCAAAAUGCUCUUUAACAAUACGUCGAGUGUUCGAAUCCCGUCAAUGGCAAUUUUUUCUAAAACCCCAUCAAA